UCCAACAGCUGCUGAGACUGAAACACAAAAGAACGGAACCGCGUUUCAGACUUGUUAUUUACGCCAGUGCACAGGCGUCAUUCUCUAAGCUAAGAUGGCACUCCAUAGUCUUCGAGACCUUCAUUUCACUAUUCCUCUAUGGGAAAGCAACUGGUCAAUGGCCACACUUUGCUUGACAGUCAUGACUGUUGUGCUUUUGACGUUGAGGUUCUUCAUAGUGACGCCCACAAAGCGACAAGAAAAGAGACUGCCUCCAGGCCCAAGAGGGGUCCCCAUACUCGGCUACCUGCCUUUCAUACGGAAGCCAUUACACGCCGCCUUCAAGGAUUUGAGUAAACAGUAUGGCCCCAUUAUAAGGCUUCGGCUUGGAUGCAGGGAAGUCGUGGUACUGAAUGACCUCAAAUCUAUCACAGAGGGGCUCUCAAACCCAGAUGUGCUAUACCGGCCUGAUGAUUCCCUUUUCGGCUAUCUCGGAAUAAAAGGCAUUACAUCUCUAAACGGAGAACCAUGGCAACAGAACCGAAGAUACUGCUUUCAUGUUUUAAGAAAUCUAGGAUACGCAAAAAAAUCAAUGGAGACACAUAUUCAAGAAGAAGUGCAGUGCUUUGUGGAUCUCCUGGCAUCGAGGAAAGGACAGCCUAUGCUACUCGCUCAGAAGCUGGCGGCCAGCGUAGCCAACAACAUCUCUGCGUUGGUGUUCGGACAGCGAUACGACCUCGAAGAUCCCAAAGGUCGCCAUAUCGAAGGACUGAUGAGCAAAUUCCUGCGCCACGGUAGCGUGCUGUCGGUCCUAGACUUCCUUCCAGCAGUCCGCUCUGUCUGCAACUACAUCCCAAACACAAACCUCUACAUCAUAAACGACGUUAUGAAGAAGAUGACUCAAGUUAUCAGGAUGGAAGUGAAGAAGCGAGAACACAACAUGGAAGAUUAUUUUGAAAAAGAUUUUAUCGACGGGUACAUGAGGAAGAUAGAAGAAAACAAGGGCGUCAAUUCCCAUUUUAGUCUGCGCUGCUUGGAAGGAAGUGCAAUCAACCUGUACGGUGCGGCCACUAACACCGUGCGGACCGCCAUUCUGUGGAACUUGUAUAUCGCCGCCAGUGAUCCGAACGGCACGCAGGCGCGCAUCCAACGUGAGAUCGACGCCGUGAUUGGCCGCGAGAGGGCACCCGAAUGGGAGGACAGGCGUCACCUGCCUUACACUAUGGCAUCUGUGCUGGAGACGCUACGCUGGAGGACCACGGCGCCAAUCGGCAUACACAGGGCCACCAUGUGUGACACCGACAUCUGCGGGUACCGUGUCCCAUCCGGCACCUUCGUGAUAGCCAACCUGUGGAGUCUGCACAAUGACACCGCCCAUUGGUGCAACCCGUCUCAAUACGACCCCACACGAUUCCUGAACGCUGAUGGCACAAAGCUUGCUGAAAAGCCGCUAGCAUUUCUCCCUUUCAGCUUUGGAAGGCGUGCUUGCCCAGGUGAGGCCCUGGGUCUGCUGGAAGUGUUUUUGUACGUCGCCACGUUGUUUCAAAGGUUUCGGGUGCUUCCAGAAGAUGGCACAACCAUCUCCCUCGACCCAAGGAGUGGUUUUAUGUCAGUGGCCAAUGACUUGCAAAGACUGCGCUUCGUACUACGAUGUUUUCUGACUGUUCACCAAGUACAGAUGUUCGAAUGGCGAUCUUUCUGGACGGUGUUUACUACUUGGCUUACUAUCAUCAUCAUUGCUAUUCUGACGGUUAAGAGCUUUCGUAGAAAGAGCGGAGGGCAGAAGAACAAACUUAUGGCGCCUGGCCCUUGGGGAGUGCCUAUUCUUGGCUAUCUUCCAUUCCUCCGAAAACCCUACCACACAACCUUCAGGGAACUAAGCAAACAGUACGGACCCAUAAUAAAGUUUCGCCUUGGCUGCAAGGACGUGCUGGUACUCAACGAUCUCGCAUCCAUUAGGGAGGGACUGUCAAAUUCAGACGUGCUAUAUCGGCCCAGCGAUUUUAUAUUUCGCCACCUUGGAAUAGAAGGUAUCGCAUCUAUUAACGGAGAACCAUGGCAAGUGAACAGGAGGUACUGCUUUCACGUGUUGAGAAACCUCGGUUUUGCAAGGAAGUCUAUGGAGAAGCAUAUCCAAGAAGAGGUGCAGUGCUUUAUGGCUGUGCUUGCAUCAGGCAAGAAGCAGCCCAUGUUGGUGGCCCAUCCGCUCGCUUCCAGCGUGGCUAACAACAUCUCAGCUCUGGUUUUCGGUGAACGCUACGAGCUGGGCGAUCCAAAGGGUCGCUACGUCGAGGGAAUGCUGAGCAAGUUGCUUCGCGAAGCACACUUCUUCUCCCCCACGGAUUUUAUACCUGCCCUUCGCUUUGUGGCUACGCGGCUGCCAAACACGCAGUUGUACGCAAUGAAAUCUGUCCUGCAAGAACUGACGCAAUUCAUCAGGAAAGAAGUGCAAGAACGCGGAGCAGCUAAGGCGCAACAUAUGGACAAGGAUUUCAUAGAUGGGUACUUGAGGAAGAUAGAAGAAAACAAAGGGAAAGAUUCUCACUUUACUCUGUCAACGCUCGUGGGCAGUACAGUGAACUUCUACAGCGCAGCUACGAACACUGUGCGAAGCGCUGUCUUGUGGAACCUGUACAUAGCGGCCAGCGACCCUGACGGUCAGCAAGUACGCGUGCAGCGCGAAAUCGACUCCGCAAUUGGAAGCAAGACGGCGCCCACCUGGGAGGACAGACGUCGCACACCGUUCACCAUGGCGUGCAUUCUGGAGGCACUCCGCUGGAGGACCACGGCGCCUCUCGGCCUGCAGAGGGCUGCAGGCCGUGACACGGAAAUAUGCGGGUACCACGUUCCUGCCGGCACAAUGGUUGUUGCAAAUUUAUGGAGCCUUCACAACGACCCUGUCGAAUGGCGGGAGCCGUUCAAGUAUGAUCCCACGCGAUUCCUGAAUGCUGACGGCACCGAGAUGGGCGAAAAGCCGGCGGCGUUUCUUCCUUUUGGAACGGGAAGGCGACAGUGCCCGGGGGAAACGUUGGCCCUGAUGGAGGUUUUCCUGUACGUGGCUACAACGCUUCAGAGAUUCAGGGUUCUUCCCGAAGAAGGCAAAACCAUCUCCCUCGCUACCGCGCCCGCGGUGAUUGCUGUCGCGAAUGAGAUGCAAGGAUUGCGUUUCAUACCGCGAUAGGGAACAGCGAGUGACUAUUACUCAUUGAUUUGAGAGUUUAAUGUGCUCUUAUGGACAAAUAUAGACCAAACUAAAGGAAGUUGUUCAGAUAUGGCGUGCACUAGAUGUAAUUAAGCAAGACAUGCGGAUAUAUUUGCUACAAAAAUUGAGUCAAUGCAAACCAAGCAACAGAGAAAGACAGUUUACAAGGAAGUCAAGCGUCAAAGUUGAUUGACAAAAACGGAGCCAAGCACAUUAUACAGCUCCGCGACUUCAAUGGUGUUGGAUCAGUACAAUUUAAGAAUUUUCUGCACAACAACUUGCAAAAGAAGAAAAAUUAUGUGAAAAGGACUGCUUACGACGUGGUUUGAUAAGUCAUGUCAGAAAGUGUAACCCGGUGAUGAGAUGCCACUUGUUUCAGUGUGAUGAUACGAAGAAAGAGAAGCAUGCAUGUAGGGGUGUGCGAAUUUUCAAAACUCUCGAAUAAUGAAUGAAAUGUUGCCUUAUGCAAUUCGAUCUUUGAAUAAAAAAGUCACUAUUGGUAAAUAGGAAUAUUUUUUAGCAGUUUUCGAAUGCUUUAGAGA